CGCCAAGGGAAGAAGGCAGAACUGAACCCAGGCCCAGAGCCGGCUCCCUGAGGCUGUGCCCCUUCCUGGCAAUGGCCACCCCCAUUGGCCAGGCUGUCCCUCCCACCAGCCCUGGGGCCCCUCCCACUCUCAUACCAGAUAAGGCCAGCCCAAGGCUGCUUCAUCUGGAGUAGGCACUGGGCUGGAAUGGGGCCGCCCGGCUCCCCAUGGCAAUGGGUGCUGCUGCUACUGCUGCUCCCCCCUGCUUCCCCUUUCUGGCUCCUCAAUGUGCUCUUCCCCCCGCACACCACGCCUAAGGCUGAACUCAGUAACCACACACGGCCAGUCAUCCUCGUGCCUGGCUGCCUGGGGAAUCAGCUAGAAGCCAAGCUGGAUAAACCGGAUGUGGUGAACUGGAUGUGCUACCGCAAGACAGAGGACUUCUUUACCAUCUGGCUGGAUCUCAAUAUGUUUCUACCCUUUGGGGUGGACUGCUGGAUUGAUAAUACCAGGGUUGUCUACAACCGAAGUUCUGGACGUGUGUCUAAUGCCCCUGGUGUAGAGAUCCGUGUCCCUGGCUUUGGCAAGACCUACUCUGUUGAGUACUUGGACAGCAACAAGCUAGCAGGUUACAUGCACACCCUGGUACAGAAUCUGGUCAACAAUGGGUAUGUGCGGGAUGAGACAGUGCGGGCUGCCCCCUAUGACUGGCGCCUGGAGCCCAGCCAGCAGGAGGAGUACUACCAGAAGCUGGCCAGGCUCGUGGAGGAGAUGUAUGCUGCUUAUGGGAAGCCUGUCUUCCUCAUUGGGCACAGCCUUGGCUGCCUUCAAUUACUCUAUUUUUUGCUGCGUCAGCCCCAGUCAUGGAAGGACCACUUCAUUGAUGGCUUCAUCUCACUUGGGGCUCCCUGGGGCGGUUCUACCAAGCCAAUGCUGGUUUUGGCCACAGGUAACAACCAAGGCAUCCCGCUCAUGUCCAGCAUCAAGCUGAGAGAGGAACAGCGAAUAACGACGACUUCCCCCUGGAUGUUUCCCUCCUACCAGGUGUGGCCUGAGGGCCAUGUGUUCAUUUCCACACCAAGCUUCAACUACACAGGCCGUGACUUCCAGCGCUUCUUUGCUGACCUGCAUUUUGAGGAUGGCUGGUACAUGUGGCUACAGUCACGUGACCUGCUGGCAGGCCUCCCAGCACCUGGUGUGGAAGUAUACUGUCUAUACGGUGUGGGGCUAUCUACCCCCAGCACCUACAUCUAUGACCACGGCUUCCCCUACUCAGACCCCGUGAAUGUGAUUUAUGAAGACGGUGAUGACACAGUGGCCACACGCAGCAGUGAGCUCUGUGGCCUCUGGCAGGGCCGCCAACCACAGUCUGUAUACUUGCUGCCCAUGAAUGGGACACAGCACCUCAAUAUGGUGUUCAGCAACCAGACACUGGAGUACAUCAAUGCCAUCCUACUGGGUGCCUACCGCCAGGGCACCCCUGCACCCCCAACUGCCAGCCCAGGGCCCCUGCCCCCUGAAUAAAAGACCUUUCCUGCUGUAA